AUGUCAUCUGAGAACUUGGUUGAGCCCUGCCCUCAGGGCGAGACAGGGGUGAGAGGGCUCCCGGAAGCCCAGCUGGCCUGUGGAGACAACACGCCCUGGGCGAGCCAGAGCCAGGGAGGGACACAGGAGGAGGAGGUGGGAGACAGCGGGUCCCUGGCCGACAACAACAAGAUACAGGAAGUGACAUCAGAACCCAGUGAAGGGGUAGGCAAACUGCAGGAGGACCCACAGACAGGUCUCAGAGGUGUGUGUCUGGAAGAGCAGUGCUUCAGUGGGAGUAGGAGGAGGUCUCCCCCCAGGGGGGUGGUGUUACUACCGUAUCCAGAAAGGGAGAGGGACAGGCGGACAGAGGAGCCCAGGGGCCCAGGGUCUUUCUUCUUCUUUGGAGGAGGUAACGGAGCCUCCAUAGUAACCUCCUAUUGUGAGAGCAGAGGAUGGCAACGGAUCUACGACAAGACUAGAGAGGACUUUAAACUCAAGUGGUGCGAGAUCAAAUCCCCAGUCACCUAUUACAACUUCAAAGAAGGUGAACAGCUCCUUUACCAGAUCCCCAACAACAAGGUGCUGACCACUAAGAUCGGCCUCCUUAGCAGCCUAAGGGAGUAUGAACGCUUCAGCAGCAAGGUCAACCACGGUCCUUCUCUGCCUUGUAGGAGGUUGAAAAUUGAGGAGUUUUUCCCCACCACCUUCCGCAUGGACAUGAGAGAUGAGAGAGAGGCUUUCUUUGCCCAUUUUGAUGAGACAAGCAUGUGGAUCUGUAAGCCCACGGGCCUCAACCAGGGGCGAGGCAUCUUCCUCCUGAGGAGCCAGGAAGACGUCUCGGCCUUCAGACUCAAGCUGCAGAACAUCGCAGAGAGCCAGUGCAACAGGACGCUGCCUUUUCGCUUGCCCCAGGCACGCAUCGUGCAGCAGUAUAUCCAGAACCCUCUGCUCUUAAAGGGGAGAAAGUUUGAUGUGCGCUCCUAUUUCCUCAUUGCCUGCACCUCACCCUACAUGGUCUUUUUUCGCCAUGGUUACGUGCGCUUGACCUGUGACCUUUAUGACCCCAACUCCCCCAACCUCUCUUCCCAUUUGACCAAUCAGUACAUGCAGAAGAAGAACCCUCUCUACAGCGUGCUGAAGGAAGAGACCGUCUGGUCCAUGGAUCGAUUCAACACCUACGUCAAUGACAAGCUCAGUGUUGCCAAGGGUCUGCCUAGGGACUGGGUGCUUGGCGCUUUCGCCAAGCGAAUGCAGCAGAUCAUGAUCCAGUGUUUCUUCGCUGUGAAAGCCAAGCUAGAUCGUAAACUGGGGUACUUUGACCUGAUUGGCUGUGAUUUCAUGAUUGACGAUGACUUUAAGGUGUGGCUGUUGGAGAUGAACUGUAACCCAGCCCUCCACACCAACUGUGAGGCCCUGAAGGAAGUGAUUCCCAGUACUGUUGUGGAAACUUUGGAUCUGACUCUGGAGAUCUUCAACAAGUGUCGCUGUGGACUGAAGCUGCUGCCACUGGCCAGUCAGAGGGACUUUGUGCUACUGUAUGAUGGCGAGACUGCCCAUGUCCCUGUUCUCAGCCGUAGGAGCAAAACAGCAGUACCCCUCCAAGCCCAGCACCCAAAGAGUGCCUCCACCCAAAUGCCCUUCACCACCAGCAGGACUCAGAAGACCGAGUCUGUAACAUCAGUGUCUCGGGAGAAGUCAGUGAGUGAAAACACAUUUUCUCCUGUAGCCAUGACGGCUGUCUUGGUACCCCUGACUGGCACUGAUGCCACUGACCAUCCUGCCCCUGUCACUACACACAAUGAUCCAUCCCUGCAGACCGGUCCCAACCGACCCACAGGCCCAGCAGGGGCCCCCAGACCCCAUCCCACCCACAAACCCAGUCCUCGGCCCCUCAAGCCAGCCCAAGCUCGCGUGGAGCUCCGGCUCAGCAAGUGCACCUGGCAGCGGCGAUCGGGGAACUCAGAACAUCGCAAGCCCCCAGAUCUCCUGUGGGUGAAGAAUACCUUCAUGUCCCUGUCCACCCCGGCUCUAACUGAGGGCUCACGCUUCUCUGUGAGACGCCUGCGGGCCACCAAAGCCUGCCACCCCGACCAGGAACAACCCUUCUGCUACUCCCUGAGGCCCACCCAGUUCCGCCUGGCCAAGCCCGGCACCAGCGGCCCCGUGUGGACAGACAAACAGGACAAGAAAGGGGAACAGGAGGGAGGGGGGUGCCAGGAGCCCGGUGUAGACACACAGAGUGCAGCCAAGGAAGAGAAAGAGGACAAAGAGCACAGGGAGGAGCUGUGA